AAUGUGUUUUUCAUUAAUAAAAUAAAAUACAUCUCGAAACGAUAAAAUAAAUUCCAGUUAAAAUAAAAAAUAAUACGCUCUUCCGAUGAUAACCCUUUUAUAGUGAUAAUUUAACUUCAACGGAAAAACGUUUAUUAGCCGUUAGCUUGAUGUUGAAUAACUGAAAACUGAAUCGCUAGCGUAGUGUCAGUUCGGUGAAGUUGUAGCAACUUUUCACUACAGUUGUAAAAGCUUUAUGUUAAAGAUAAGUAUGCAGAAGAAAUGUAAUUAGCAGCACAAAUGGCGGAAGAAAACGCUGCUGUAAACGAAGAAACGACUUCACAUGUAAACACUGAAGGAUGUGAAGAAGCAGUGUUGAAGGAGGAUGAUGAUGGUAAUUCAAAGAAGCAGCUGCCUGCAGACAUGUACUACGAGUAUGAGGAGCUGUACUCCAGACCAUUUGUCACACGUGACUCCCAAAUUCCAGAGAACCUCCUGCACUUUUUUCAGUCUUUUUGCUAUGACAGUGGCCGCAGGUCGAACCUGCAGGUACUUGAUGACAAAACUCUGAUCUUUGUGGCUGGUAACCUGCUUGUCCUGCUAGACAUUUCUACCAAAGAGCAGAGAUACCUGCGCUCCUGCAGCGGAGGAGGAAUUGGCUCCAUCGCGGUGCACCCAAGCAAGGAGUACUUUGCUGCUGCAGAGAAGGGAAACCAGCCAAACAUCAUAGUCUAUGAAUAUCCCUCAUUACGGCCGUACCGCGUCCUCAGAGGUGGUACUGAGCGGGCGUACAGUUUUGCGGAAUUUAAACAAGAUGGAAGCCUGUUGGCCAGCGUGGGCAACGCACCGGACUACAUGCUAACACUGUGGGACUGGAGGCAGGAGAGCGUGAUGCUGAGCUGCAAGGCCGUGUCUCAGGAGGUCUACCGAGUCUGCUUCUCCUCAUACAACCCAGGACUGCUCACAUCGUCAGGAUCCGGACACAUCAAGUUCUGGACAACAGAUAGCACAUUCACAGGUGUUAAACUGCAAGGAUGCAUGGGAAAUUUUGGCUUAACUGCCGUAACCAACAUUGAGGGCUUCAUGGAACUUCCUACUGGAAAGGUUGUGUCUGGUACAGACUGGGGAAACUUGCUGCUGUGGGAUCGGAGUGACAUUAAGGUGGAGAUUUGUAAAAAGAAUGGACAGACCUGCCACGCCGGUACAGUCCAGCCGUUUGCCCUGGAAGAUGGGCAGCUGCUGACAUUUGGCUCAGAUGGAGUGAUCCGAGGCUGGGAUUAUGAGCUGAUCAGUGGUGCUGACUGUGACACCGACAGCGGCAGGUUUGAGAUGGAGCCUCUGAAUGAGAUGGUGAUUGGACACAACAUCUGCAUCUCUUCAAUGGUGAAGAGCUCCCUGUCUGACUCCUUCGUUUGGUUUGCUCAGGAUUCCAAUGGAAAAAUCUGGAAACUGGAUCUUUCAUUUAGCAACAAGGCUCUUGAUCCAGUGUGCCUGUUUUCCUUCCACCACGGCCCGAUCCAGGGCCUGGAUGUGUCGAAGACAUCCUAUCUGAUGGCCACGAUCGCUCUGGACUAUUCAGUUAAAGUUUUUGACUUUCUGGAAAAAAGAGAACUAAAAACAUUUUCUUUCAAAAAAAAUGCAACUACUCUCAGCUGGGCUCCAUUGUCAGUGAGUCAGAGUGGAUGUUUACUGCUGAUAGGCUUUGAGGAUGGAGUGGUCCGUGUAUUUGAGCUCUACAACCCUCAGAGGCUACAUGUGCUGUCAGAGCACAGCCCUAAAGACGAUGCCGGGCUGCGCCUCAAACAGGCCUUCAAACCACACAAUGCUGCUGUAACUGCUGUAGCAUAUGAGCGAAAUGGAGAGAUCUUAGCCACAGGGAGCGUAGACUGCACUGUGUUCUUCUUUACCGUUGAAGAAAAAUUCAACCCCAUCGGUUUUGUUCACGUUCCUGGAGCAGUACAGGCGCUGGAGUGGUCACCUCAGUCCCAUCCCAACAACAGGCUGCUCAUUCUGUGUCAGAACGGUCACGUGGUCGAGGUGCAGCGUCCGGAUCCUAAGGCCCGAGACCCACCAAUAACCUUCCACCUAUCUGAGCUCCCCAGAAGAUCAUUCAGGUUCACGAGCAUCAAAUCUCGAAUAAAGAGAGAGGAGGAAAUCAUAAAACAUCGAGUUCUAAAGGAGGAGAAGAAGAAAGAGAAAGAGGAGCGGCUUAAAGAAUCACAACAAACAGAUGCAGAGCAAGAAGAAGAGGAGGAGGAAGAGUUAUCGCCUCUCUACAUCCCCGACUCACCAAGUCCUCUCUACUGUGGAUUGUACUCACGACCCGGACAGUUCUGGCUCUCUAUGGGCGGCUUUGACUCAGGAUACUUAUAUCACUGUAAGUUCUCGGCCGAACAGGAUGAAAAUCCAGAGAAGAGUCAGGACGUGCCCUUUGACUUCCUGCCUGUCCAUAAUGCAGAUGAUGACCCCAUUCACACCAUCACAUUCAGCUCUGACAGGCAGCUCAUGCUCUGUGGCAUGCAUUCAGGCUCCAUCAGAGUUUACCCUCUGCAGCCUGGCGAUCACAACAUCACCUCCAUGCAGGCCUACUGGACUCUCAGCGUCCAUGACAACGAGUAUGGACACCUCCGGCACAUCCGCUGUAGUCAUGACGACCACUUUGUGCUGACAGCGGGAGAUGAUGGGAACAUCUUCUCGUUCAGCCUGCUUCCUCCAGAGGAGCUACAGAAAAGCCUGUCGAGAAAGAAGGCCAAGGUUCCUUCUCCAAGGGAAGGUUUUGAGAAUGAGCCAUUGCCUCUGGACAUUGAAAACCCAACAGCCGACAGCAUCGAGUCAGCGAAGCAGAAUCUUCAGAAAGACCGUCUGCGUCGGGAGGCCGAACGAAAGCUCCAGGAGAAGCAGAAGAAGUUGGCUGGACUCCAGAAGAAGUAUGAACAGGUGCUGAAAGUCAAUCAGAGUCUGCCGGAGCACGUUCACCUAAUACCUGAGGAGCUGCAGCUGGACUCACAUUUUUAUGAACAUGUAGAGAGGAUGAAAGCUGAGCGGGUGAUGGAGGUCAGAAAGCAGUUGGCUUGGGAGCAGGAGCGCUACAGCAUAGCAUUCAACAAACUACAGGACUGGUUUAAGGCAUCUCCAGAGGCUAACAUGGUCACUGUGGUCGCGAUUCGAACUGACCACAGAGUCUCCACCUACCAUCUGCCGGUUCUUACCAAUCCUUCAGCUCAGCAGAUCACACCCAGCUCAUCUGAUGGAGACAGAGAAGAUGCUGCACCUGAACACUCAAAACACAAGACCAAGCCUGCAACAGACAGCAGCGAAGUUGAAGAGGAGAAGAAGCUGCAGCUCAGAGAUGACUGUAAAAGGGUGAAGCUGGGAGAUCGGCAGGAAGAGAGGCUUCAAAGGGCUGCAAAGAAAGCUGAGCAAGCUCGAGCCAAAAUUGAGAAGAGGAAGCAGGAAUGGGCCCAACUUUAUGCAGAGAAGCCUGACAAGAACUAUGAGGAUCCGCGGGAUGUGCAGGCCAUCCGUGAAGCCGAAGAGAACUUAAAACUCAAGUCAGAUGUUACAGUGGUGAUAAGCCUGAAGGUGAUGGCUAAAAGGAAGAGAGAGGAACUUGCUGCUCUGCAGGAAAAUUUCCGUGAAAAGCAGAUAGAGAUGAAUAAACGGAUCGUUGCAUUGCGGGACUCCAAGGUUCGCCUGGUGUCUUGGUUGCACACUCAGGCUUGGCAGUUGCAGAAGGUCCAGCUGCGUCUAGCAAACCAUCUCCACCACUCUCCACCCUUUCUGCCCUCCGUACUGCCAGAGGAAACCCCAGAGAAGUGGCUGCAGUACAAACUCGCUGCCUUGGAGCGAUACCGGGUUCUGAGGGAGCAGAGGUGUAAGGACAGGGAGAAUGUUUGUUGGAGUAGGAGUGAGGUGUCAAGUUUGUUGGAGCAAGUGAAAAAAAUGGAGAGGGAAGAGGAAAAAGAUGAGAAAGAGAGAGCUUCCAGUCCUUCUACUUCAUCUGUAACAACAGAAGAGGAAGAGACAGCAGUGGGUGAAGUAGCAGAGCAGAGUGAGCUGGAGGUGGAGCUGCAGAGGGAGGAGGAGAUCAGACUGCUGUAUGAACAGGAGUCGCUGCUGAAGAAGAUGGAGAGUUCAGUGAGCCAGUUUGACACGGAGCUCCUGCUGCUGCGUCAACAGAAAGUUCGUCUGGACUUCCAGCUGAAGCGUGCCGACCUCCACCAGCUGAUGCUCUUCCAGGAGAUGCUGAUCCUCAAACAGUUUGAGAAGAGGGAGGGCAUCCUGCCGGAGAAGCUCAACAGAUGCAUCAAGGAGGAGAAUAGCAUCACUUCAGCGCUGGAGGAGUGCAAGGAACAACUGGAACUGAAGCAGAGUCAGAUAGUAAAGCUGCAAGCGAAAGAGAAAACUCUGCAUGCAGCCUUUCAGGAUUUGCUGAUCAAAAAAAAUUACCAGCAUCAAGAGUUUCUUACCGGAGACUUCAAGAGGAACAUCAAACCUGUGAAGGAGGAAAAGAAGAAAGGACCCACAUGUGUGUUUGACGAAGAGGACAGCAAUGAAGACGAUGACUGGGAUAAUGAUUCCAUUAGUACAGAGGACGGAGGAGCUGCGAUGGACAUCAGCGUUUGCCCUCCAGGCUGCAACCCAGAAGUGUUUGACUACACAAUGAACCUGUGCGAGCGUCGGCAGAACUUAGAGGAGUCGCUGGCAGAGGAGAGGGAGAAUGUCCAAACUCUGAGGAUACAAUGUGACACCCUUGUUAAGAAGGAGACUUCAGCGAAGAGCAGUCGGAAGGCAGUAGAGAAGGAACUGGAGCAGAUCAGCAGGGAGAUACAGGAGGAGAUGAACACGCUGGAUGUAGUGGUUCCACUUAGACUGACACAGAUUCAGUUUACCACUCAUGACUUAGUGCAGUCAGACCUGAGCGAGGCCUUGGUGCUGGACAGCAUGCAGAUGAACAAACUGCAGGAACAUAUCAAGCAGCUGGAGGUGGACAAGAAACAACAGAAUGAUCUGUGCCGUCAAGCUAAGCAGCAGUGCGCCAGACUAAACUGCAGCCUCAAAAACAUGGCCGUCGAGAUCACAGAGCUGGAAGAAAAGUGCAAAGAACUGAUGAUGACAAAGUUUGGGAGGCUGAUCGAUCUGGACGCUCUGCAGAUGCAGACAGGAAACAGGCAACUGGAGGAGCUCAAACAGGAAAAACUCCUCCAAGAAUUAGAAUAUGACAAGGAGCUCAGCGAGUGGGAUGCAAAGGUGGACAAGGCGCAUGAUGGCCUGAGUGAGGUCACCAAACGUAACACAGAGCUUCUCCACAGCAUUACGAGCCUCAAUGAAGAGAAGAUCAGACUGGAACAUAAACUCGCGACCAGACAGGCAGAAUUGUGUAGACCACAGCACUACAACCACAGCAGACGUGAGACCCAGGAGGACAUUCAGAGACUCGAGGAGACGGUGAAGAGACAAUCACAGCAGCAGAGGGCCCUCAGGAGAGAGAUCGACCUCCUGUCCCGUAAAGGAGGCCACAUCUCGCCACCCACCAGAGCCCAGCUGCUCUGCCACACCGUGAAACAAGCAGAGGAACAUUCAUCCAACCCACCGAAAAUGUAAAAGUCCCCCAACAGAAAAGGUUAUAAUUAGCUAGGAACAGAGGCAGAAAUAGUUUGCACACAUAUAUGAUAUAUGUGAUAUGUAAGUUUCAAAUUCAAAUUUAUUACUGUUGUUAAUAAUAUAAAGACUUACUGGUACUUUUAACUUUACAAAAACUGACACUGAUGACAAUAAACUAUGAUCAAAUAGUUAAAACUGACAUUUUUUAUGUAGUCUAGAAGAUUUUGAAAAUACUUUGACAGCUGUAGUGGUGCUGGAAGUGCAUUUUUCUUUUGUUAGACCUCCUGUUGUCCCAACAUGCAUGUAUAACAGCAAUAUUUUUGGCAUCUCUAUAACUCAAAUGAUCUUUGAAAUCAUAAACAAAUACAAAUAUUCAGUAAAGUUUGUUUAUAAUAAGACUUGAUUGAAUACGUAAUUCGCCAGAUAUUUUGUAGUUUUUCUUUUAUGAUCAUUUCAGGAAUCACUGGUUUGUCAAAGACAUCAUCAAAGAAAUAUGUGUCGUGGAUUUACAAGGAAAUAACUGAAGCCACAGCAACCACGUCUGAAACUUAACAGGCUGGUUUUCUGAUAAAAUUUAAUAGUCCCAAACACAUUUAGUGCUAAUACACUACCAUUCAAAAGUUUGGGGUCACUUAGAAAUGUCAUUAUUUUUGAAGGAAAAACUUUUUUUUAAGUGACAAUGACAUUAAAUUAAUCAGAAAUGCAGUCUAGACAUUGCUAAUGUGGUAAAUGACUAUUCUAGCUGGAAACGGCUGAUUUUUAAUGGAAUACCUCCAUAGGGGUACAGAGGAACAUUUCCAGCAACCAUCACUCCUGUAUUCUAAUGCUACAUUGUGUUAGCUAAUGGUGUUGAAAGGCUCUUUGAUGGUUAGGAAACCCUUGUGCAGUUAUGUUAGCACAUGAAUAAAAGUGUGAGCUUUCAUAGAAAACAAAC